AGGGGAGAGCGUGUCCCUGCCCUGGGACUGGGCUCCACCUACGUGCUGAUCGCUGCUGAGUAAGAACACAUUCUGCACGUAGCAGACGUAUUAAUCAGAAAGGGGCCAGCUGCUGCCUUGGUAAAUAAAUCGAAAGGGGUUUGUACUUUGCAGGACUCAUCAGCUCUAAAAAAGGGGGAGUGAUUACAGCCACUAAGGGGGAGUUCACACACUUUGAUCACAUACAGCAGAUAAAAAAGAGCUUCAGAAUCAGUAGCCCUCUGGUUUCAGCAUUUCUUAUCUGGCAGUAAAGGUGCGGCUGCGGAGUGGGGGAGUCAGUGUGGGGCAGUAAGUGCACUCAUCGUGCAUUUAAUUAUCUAGUCUAGUAAUCCAAACUCUGGGUGGAACUGGAAACCUGGAUUGAGGAGACAUUGCAGCAGCAAACGUUCCCACACGGCUCUCGCUGCUAACCUUGCGUUCCUUGCUUCGUCAAUUAAAAAGUACAUGCGGGUUGACUCAAAGUAUUAGAGCGAUUGCUCAUCUCCUGCUCUGCUCAGCACCGGUUUGGUGCACAUUUGGCUUAACGCUGAAAGAGAAAGAGACCCGAUCAAGAUGCCUCUUGGACCUAUAAUGAGAUUAGAUCUAGAGAAAAUAGCCCUCGACUACAUUGUGCCCUGCUUGCAUGACAUCGGCUUUUGCUACUUGGACCAUUUUCUGGGCGAGGUGGUAGGAGACUGUGUGCUGGAGCGCGUGAAACAGAUGCACUACAACGGGGAGCUGCAGGAUGGUCAGCUAGCCGGCCAGAGCAAUGGCAUUUCCAAAAGACAUUUGCGAGGAGACCAGAUAAAGUGGAUCGGAGGCACCGAGGAAGGAUGUGAGGCCAUCAACUUUCUCUUGUCGUUGAUAGACAGGUUGGUGAUGUAUUGUGGAAGUAGACUGGGAAAAUACUAUGUCAAGGAAAGGUCCAAGGCAAUGGUAGCUUGCUACCCUGGGAACGGAACUGGGUAUGUGCGUCACGUAGACAAUCCAAAUGGCGAUGGACGGUGCAUCACCUGUAUUUAUUACCUGAAUAAGGACUGGGACUCAAAGCUUCAUGGUGGAAUUCUUCGAAUAUUCCCGGAAGGAAGGUCCUAUGUAGCCGAUAUCGAGCCCAUUUUUGACAGGUUACUUUUUUUCUGGUCAGACCGAAGGAACCCACAUGAAGUGCAACCUUCUUAUGCAACCAGAUAUGCCAUGACUGUGUGGUAUUUUGAUGCUGAAGAAAGAGCAGAAGCCAAAAAAAAGUUUAGGAAUUUAACUGAUGCAGGGAAGACAGAAGGAGCUCUGCAUGAAGACUGAAUGGUGAUCUGCUGCCACAGUGACUUUAUAACAACUGUUCCUGAACUCUUUGCAAAUAAUGAGAUCCAAAGAUGACUUGUCCAUUUCCAACGGACCAUUGGGCGUUCUUCUUACAGGAAUGUACUUAUUGUCUGUCUAACACCUGCAUAUUACAUUGAUGGUACUCAUAGUAGCCUCCCAUCAUUCCUGCAUCUGGCAGAAGGAUCCCUUGUUUUCUACUUGCCUUUAACUGAAGAAAGUAACCAGGGUUUUAGUAAAAGAAGAAUGUCACCAAGCCUAAUGCAAGUAGCUAAGCCAGCUGGCUUUUAGUAAUUGUGGUAAUAAAGAUAACAAGUAUUGGCACCAGUGGGGGGAGGAGGGGAUGAAUCUUAUUUGCACUUUAUGUAAAUGUCUUAGCUCAAUGGGAAGGAGAUUUACAAAUUAAAAUCUGUUGCAGAUGCAGAUGGGUGAUGCGAGAUAUUGGAAAUGUGAAAUUAAACUAGGUAUUUGUAGAGGGUCAUCUUCUGUUAUGCUUAAUGUGGGGACAUUGAUGGGCUGCUAAUCACUUUUGCUGCACAGAGCCUUGGCUUAAUUCUCCUGAAUUACUACUUUCUAAAAGGAUAAUCUUCCAUGUUGCCAUCAAACUGCCUGGAUUUUGUUCACAUUUCAACAGUCAAGCACUUCAGUUACUUUGCCCUUUCACAGCUCCUGGACUGAAGGGGUUGGUGGGGAGGCAUUUACACAUCUGUUCACAAAUCUGUGACUUUCAUCUUCAAUCAAAAAGAAAAAAAAUCAGUGUUCACUUCCCAUUUUCAGGUUUGUUUUUUAAAGCAGCUGGUUUCUCCAAAAGAUUGGUAACUUGGGAAGGUUGAUGAUAUGCAAAAUGCUUUAGCCUUUAAAGUCCAAGAAUUUGUAACCGAGUCUCAAUAAAGCAAUCUGUUUAGGAUAGAAGUGUGAAUUUAGAAGGUAAAGAUAUGUUUGGCUGCCUCACAAAUGUAUGAUGAAUAAGUAUCUCUAAUUCAGAGUCUUGAUGUCUCUCUCUCUUUGAUGACCAUCCUAAACUCGGACAUUUGGCUAAUUUGUAUGUAUGUGUACUUUGGAUGAAAAAGUGAUGCUGUCCCAGUUAUUUCCAAUUAUUUUUCCUACUGCAUUUGAGAUGCUAGUUAUGCAAAAAGAGGAUUAGGCUCAGAUGAAUAGAAACUCAUUUUCUUCAUUUAAGAUGAAUAACUUCCAAUGUGUCAGCUUUAACUUCCAAACCCGCACUUAGUAGCCCUGCGUAGAUCUCACUGAUGCUGAGGAAAAUGUCAUGGUCACAUUGAACACGUAAAUGAGCCAUUCCUGUUUUAACAAUUGUACACGCAUGGUAUAAACGUUCCCACUUUAAUAUAAUUUUACCAGGCUUGUCAAUGUAUGUCAGUACCUACUAUUGUCUUCCAAGUUAAUGUUAUCCUCUUUGGCCCUUACUCCGCCGUACUUGACCCAGAAAACGAGUGAGAGCACAUAUGAGAGCUAUCCGCGUAUACAUUAGGAUCUUCUGACAUUAUUCAAGCCACCUCACUCAUGACAAGACAGCAACACAAGAUCUAAAAGCAGCUGCUUUUCUGGUAUGAGAAAUGGCAAUGUGUGAUCAUGUGGUUUAAUGCCACUUG